AUGGCACCCAAGGAGCCAACGCGCGCACAGCUCUCUUCACGGCUAUCCUACAGCCAGCAUACGCCGGCGUUUCUGCAGAAACUCCAGAAUCGAAUUGCCGGAAUACCGGACUCUGACCACGAAGAUGACGACGAGUGGGAGUAUGAUGGUUCAGGGCGUCCGCCGAUACCACGACGACCCGCAAUCCCAGAGCGCCCUGAGAGCCAGCCUGGAAGCGAAGAUGAGGAUGAUAGAGAUGAGAAGCCCCAAGUCGUGGUCUUGAAAGAAGGGAAACAUUUGACGGAGAGGGAGGCUGAAAAUGUUAGACGGCAAGAAAAAGGACUGUCCCCACUGCCUCCUGAUUCCACGGUUGACACCGAGGUUCAUGCUGUCGAUCCCACGCCCAAAGAGAGUGCCAUUGCCAAAGGCAAAAAGUCAGCACCUAGCCUUUCUUUUUCUUCAUCGAAAGCUGCUGCAACAAAGUCCUCAGCGUCGAAACGGAAGCGAAUUGGGGGCUUGGAGGAUGCUAGCCUUUCAUCGAAAGCUCCAUCGAAGAAGAAAGCGAAGAAGGCUGCGAAGAGCAAAACAUUGCUAUCGUUCGGUGACGACGCGUAG